CCUUAUCCGGAUUGAAGAUUAGGUUUAGAGUUAUCUGCCACCCGGCGAAUGAUCGGCGAACCAAUAUCAGCCUGGCGGUGGUGAUAUGGACAGUCCUUCUCUCGGCGAACUGUAAUCGGCUCAUCAUCGUUUUCUGGUUUAGCCGGUUAUCUUUCUUUCGAUUUCAACGAUUGAGAAGAAACAAAGAUCAAAUCUUGAUCAUCCUCUGUUUUCCAUCUGAUGAACCUGAGAUAUCCUGGGUUUGAUACUUGGGGAUCAUUCAGAAGAAGAUUCUGUUCUUGAUGCGGAUAGGCGACAAACCACAAAGAUUGUGAAUCAGCCUGAUCAGAGUAUUAUGGGCUGCAUUUGCUCAAAAGGAACCGCAGAAGAAGAAGUCAACGUUCAACCUGAGAAACAAAACGAGAACUGGUACAAAACGUCCUCAUCAGUUCAAUUGAUUGCACCUACAAACUCCAAGAAAGAGGAUUUUUCACACAAAUCCGUGGAAGGAAGCUCUGGUGGACGCAGAGCCGAUGGAUUAGCACAUAAACCAUCCUCUCGAGGCAGCGGAUUGAUUGUUCCUAUAGAUGAUAGUGAUGGUAAAACGGUAAUUGUAGAGAGACCCACAAGGUCUCACCGGAGAUGUUUAACUACAGAUAUUGGGACAGGAGGAGGAGGGUUCCAAAUGUUUCAUCAGCCGAGCAAUGUCAUCACAAGUGUCCCACACAGCCCUGAGGCCGAGCUCAUUGCAGCUGGAUGGCCUUCUUGGUUAACCUCUGUUGCAGGUGAAGCCAUCAAGGGUUGGGUUCCUAGGCCUGCAGAGUCCUUUGAGAAGCUUGAAAAAAUUGGACAAGGGACAUACAGUAGUGUGUACAGAGCUAGGGAUCUUGAGACCGGCAAAACAGUAGCUAUGAAGAAGGUCAGGUUCGUCAAUAUGGAUCCUGAAAGCGUGAGAUUCAUGGCCAGGGAAAUCAACAUCUUGCGGAAACUAGACCAUCCAAACGUUAUGAAGCUCGAGUGUCUUGUGACCUCAAAACUCUCUGGUAGCUUGUACCUUGUGUUUGAGUACAUGGAGCAUGAUCUUUCGGGUCUCGCUCUUAGACCCGGUGUGAAAUUCACUGAAUCACAGAUCAAAUGUUACAUGAAACAGCUUCUUAGUGGGCUUGAACACUGCCACAGCCGUGGAAUCCUCCACCGCGACAUAAAGGGUUCAAAUCUCUUGGUAAACAAUGAUGGAGUCCUCAAGAUUGGAGAUUUUGGUCUGGCGAAUUUCUAUCAUCCAGAUCAAGAUCAACCCUUGACGAGCCGUGUAGUAACCUUGUGGUACAGGGCACCUGAGCUUCUACUUGGAGCUACAGAGUAUGGAGCCGGCAUAGAUCUGUGGAGUGUUGGUUGCAUUCUCACAGAACUGUUUCUAGGGAAACCAAUCAUGCCUGGAAGAACAGAGGUGGAGCAAAUGCAUAAGAUCUUCAAGUUGUGUGGUUCACCAUCUGAUGAUUACUGGAAAAAGAAAAAGCUACCACUUGCGACGAGUUUCAAGCCACAACAACCUUAUAAGCGUGUUCUUCUAGAGACAUUCAAGAGUUUGCCAUCUUCUGCUCUAGCUCUUGUUGAUAAGCUUUUAUCCUUAGAACCAGAGAAGCGAGGCUCAACUUCAUCGACCCUAAACAGCAAGUUCUUCACAACGGAACCACUCCCUUGCGAUGUAUCAAGUUUGCCAAAAUAUCCUCCAAGCAAGGAGCUUGAUGCAAAGGUCCGUGAUGAAGAAGCAAGAAGGAAACGAGCCGAAACUGUGAAGGGACGUGGACCUGAAUCUGUGAGAAGGGGUUCAAGAGACUUCAAGAGUACUGUCACAACACCAGAGUUCAUUGCUUCAGGGCAGUCAAAAGUAAUCAAUCCUCAAGAAGACAGUAGAACCGGCUUGAGGGGAGAGACAGGAAGAUGCGACAGAGAUAAAGGCUUCUCUCAUACCAAUUCAAUGAUUCAUCCAAGUAUAACAGCAACAUGGAGUAAGAAUGAGAGCUCUAGAAAUAAUGUAGUAGAGCUAAAGGCUACAAGAUCUAGCAACGUGCCAAUGACUGGGAGAUACUUGUCUCCUUCACAUAAAGAUGAUGCAGCCGUAGAACCCACAGCGACAUAUAUACGCAAGAAGAACAGAAUGCACUAUUCUGGUCCAUUGAUGCCUCCUGGUGGAAACAUUGAGGACAUUCUGAAAGAGCAUGAGAGGCAAAUCCAAGAGGCUGUAAGGAAAUCACGGCUUGAGAAAUCUGCAACAAAGAAAAACCACAGAACAGGUGCAUAAUUGGAAAACAUGGCAGAACCUGCGAUUUAACACCAAAAACAAGAAAAAACAUCACCUGCACUGGACGAAGAACGAAGGAAGAUUGACCAUGGAUAUCGAUUUGAAGCUGCAGCAGCGACUAUUCUUCCGCAACUUUUUUAGCAGGCCAUUGCCACAUCUAUGCUUGUGCUAGUAAAGAUCUGUUAUUUAUAUGUGGUCAUUUGUACAUGGAAACUCUUGUUGUUUUCUCUCUCACUCACAUUUUCUUGUGGUUUGGGGAAGCAAAUA